AAAUCUGCGCAGACGAUUUUGUCGAGAAAAAUCGGAGUUGUAAUCCCAAGAGCCUUGAAAUUUGCUUUAUCUUCAAAGUUGUGUGCUUGUUGCAAGCUGAACCAUCAUAAUGUCUGUUGGUGAAGAACAAACUGAGUGUCCACUCUGUAUGGAACCGUUGGAGUUGGAUGACAUCAACUUUUUCCCAUGCACAUGUGGAUAUCAGAUUUGCAGAUUCUGUUGGCACAGAAUAAGAACAGAUGAAAACGGUCUGUGUCCAGCUUGCAGAAAGCAAUACCCAGAAGACCCAGCAGAAUUUAAGCCUCUCACAGAAGAUGAAUUGCAGAGAAUAAAGAAAGAACGCCGCCAGAAAGACCUUCAGAGAAAACAGAAGGCGGCAGAAAACAGGAAACACCUCGCAAAUGUCAGAGUUGUACAAAAGAACUUAGUAUUUGUUGUAGGUCUUUCUCAAAGAUUAGCCGAUGUAGAGGUGUUGAGGAAACAUGAAUAUUUCGGCAAGUUUGGAAAAAUUCACAAAGUUGUGAUAAAUCAAAGUACUUCAUAUGCUGGUGCACAAACGCAUGGUCCGAGUGCUAGUGCUUAUGUUACAUACCAUAAGCCGGAGGAUGCAUUGAAGGCGAUACAGGCUGUGAAUAAUGUUUAUGUCGACGGUCGCACGCUGAAAUCUUCCCUGGGAACUACUAAAUAUUGUAGUCAUUUCCUAAAAGGUUCUCAGUGUCCAAAACUAGAUUGUAUGUAUUUACAUGAACUGGGUGAAGAGGCUGCUAGUUUUACCAAAGAGGAAAUGCAACAAGGGAAACAUCAAGAGUAUGAACAGAAGUUAUACGAGACGUUUAUGAAUACACAGAAUGCUGCUCAUCAUAGCGCCAAGACGGCACAGCAGCCGCCGCAGCACCCGCCUCUGUCUCAUACACCGCCACAACAACAACAGACACAACAGCACUUACAACAGAAUGCUAGGAAAAAGCCUGCGUCUCCACCAACAGUUACGCAGCAAAGUGCGCCAGUUUGUCAACAUAAUGUCCCCCCAAACACAAACAAAGAGGCUUGGCCAUCUUUGCAGAGCGGUACGACGAGUAAGCCAGAGAGGUUAACAAAUGGAAACAAGCCUCCACUGAUGACAGUCCCACAGCCACAGAAACCCGACACACCUCCCUUACAGAAUUCUAAUCAUAGAGCCCCGGGUGCCAAUCUUAACCGACACAGAGGACACGAAACAAAUAGUAACGGUAAACCUGUAGACCGGCCUCCAACAAAUUCACCAUCGCCAGUGGCCGAGGUGAAGGCACACUCUCCUCCAGUCAGUGUACCACAGUUGACUCCAAAUCCUAUAGGUGCUAACAGAAAGCCAUUCUUUGACAACUCACAAGACCACUUGUCGCUAUUCAGUGGGAAUGGCUUCCCUCCUAGACCGUUGCAUAAACCCCCUGUACAGCCUUCACCCAUUGCGGAGACAAUUCCAACAGCCACAGAAAUUCCAGACACAAUUCCUGUAUCUAGUUCAGCAGAUUGGCAAACGGCAUUUGGUUUCACAAGCUCAACUACAGACAGUCAUGAAGACGACUUAGGUUUUGAUCCUUGGAAUGAAUCUACAAAAGCGCUGGCAGAUCUUAUAGAACGAGAACAAGGACAGACACAGCAUCAGCAGAAUUUACACAAUUCACCAAGAUCUGCCCCACCUGGCUUCUUACCUGGGCUAGGAAAUCCUUUCACAAUCAAUCAACCGAAAACAGAUCAAAUAGGGGGCAGUAAAAUAAUGAAUUUGAUGGCAUCAUUUUCCACUGGCAACACCACUGUACCUCAGCCUCCUGGUUUCGCUGCACUGCCCCCCAAUAACACAUGCCAUGAUGUGCUUUCAGAUAUAGGUCUAUCAGGAAAGGAGAACGGUCCCAUGAAUAACGACCAUGAUGUCUUCAACACGAAAGAUUGGCAAGAGGGACUAAGAGCGCUCCUUCCGAACAUCAAUAUCAGCUUUGGUGCUCCACCAGCCUACCCAACAUCAGCCCCAAGAUCACCGCCACACAUGAUUCAGCCUCAACAGAAAGGUUGGCCUACGCAGACUCGCUCAGCCGACCUGUCCUGGAUGUCCACAGACCCCGCCAUAGUCACGUCAGGAAGUGUUACCGAUGCCAACAGUCUUUCAGAAGAUCCGCCACACUGGAUGAAGUCACUGCAACAGCUGACAGAAAUUGACAGCCUGCCUGGCCAGAAUCACAGACUACCUUUCGUUCAGAAUUUCCAAAUUAGAGGAGGACACAGUUGGGGACAACCAGCUCAGAAUCCACCCCCGGGCUUUCAGUCACAGAUUAUUCCCCCGUCACCAGUAGGAGAGUCACAAGUCGCAGAGGGUUUCCACUGAGGUGUCGAUGCUGACGUAAACUGCAUGACAUCAGUUCUACAUACUACAACUGACUAGCAUUAAAUCAUCAUUUCAUCUGUAUUGGUGUCCUAGUUCAUCCUGUCUUUGUCUUUUAUCUACAUUGUGAUUGUAAAGUUUUCAGCAGGAGAUUUUUUUAAAGUCUGUUUCAUCUCAGAUUAUUUUUGCAUUGCUGACCAAAUAACUUGAGUAAUAUUUGAAAAAUGUCCAUUUUCUGAGAACCUGAAGGUAUGUGGACUUUCAGCUGAUGAACGAGCAGAGCAUGGUACUUGUACCUGUGAAUCACAGUCUUCAAUGAGAUUGAGAAGGAAGAAAAAUACUAUUUCGAAGCAUGAACUACUGAAUCCACUGAAUCGUUGCGAAUCAAAGAGAUUGAAUUGAUGGUAAUAUUUUUGCUCACAACAGUGAGUGGAUAAGAAUCUCGAAAGAGAAUAAAUGAAGAGACACGUGUUUGAAUCAAGUGUCAAGAAGGAGGAUUUGAGAAAAUGUGCUAAAAUCUGUAUAGACGGGAUGAAUUCGAGCACCUAUAUUUACGUAAUAUACAUGUAUGAAUGACAUCAUUGUAAGUCCAUGUUAUAAACCUCGAGAAACAUUUUACCAUUUCAUAUAGUGCUCAAUCAUACUGUAAACAACAUCUACCGCUUAAAAUUCUUCAAUGGCUGUUCUUUCCUAUUGUAAUCUAUUGCACGUGUUGAGACCAGUUACUUCGAAUUACGUAUUUAUUUCCUUCAAUUCUUCAUAAUGAUGUGUGAUUUUAAAUUCCGGUCGUGAACACGCAAUGCACGAAGCAUGUGCUAGAGGAGACGUUGGGCCAUGAAUAUUUGCCACAACCGCAUGCCAUCAACAUAUUGUGGGUCUUGUAUUGCACCAUUUUAACCAAUUUUAUCUCGUAUCGCGUAUUUCCAGAAAAACCAUUGAAAUUUACUUUUAGUCUAAAUUUGUCAUUGCCUGCAGAGAGCUUGAUUGUUCUAUGGGUUGCAUUAGACUUCUUGAGAUUGAGAAGUGUGAGUCAUGGCAAGCUGGACUCCAGUCUCGAAGGAAAGGUUUAAGGAAAUUUGAGGAAGCUUUUAGACAAUCGUUUCCUCCAUGCUAGACAGGAGAGAAAAGUGGAAACAAGAUGGCAUCAAAUAUUUUCACACAUUUGCAUUAUGUGUUAUUUUCCUUGCGUUAUCUGUAUCCUGUCAUUUUUGCUUGCAACCUGCAAACUGUCAGGUAAGGUGGCAGAAACUGCCCAAAGUAAUUGCUAUUUUGUUACUAUAUAGAUGAACAGGGUCACAAAAAAAGCUUGGUUUGGAGCUCGGAGCGGUGUUCUGUAGAAAUUUGACAUCGGAAGUAAAGGAGCCCUGCUGCUAUUCAUUCUCAUUUCCAUCGGUGUAAAAUGUUUUAGAAUAUCAUAUUACGAUAAAUUUGUUCAUGGGUACAGAAUUUUAAAUAUAAACUGGAUAAAAUGUCUUCAUGGGUAUGCAAUUAAUUAUAAACUUCAUCUAAAGGUAUUUCAGAGUGAAUUUACCAACGCUAAUCAAUUGUAGAUAGAAAUGUUUUAGUUGUACUCUGUGAAGCUGAUGAAAUGCGACCUAGUCUUGAAGAUGAGACGCUUCUAAUCGCUUGGAUAUUACUGGUGUAUGGUGGCGAUAUUCCUCGAAGAAUGAAUAGGAGACGAGAUAUGUCUCCAAGUCCACGUGGCCGGCAGGAUUAAGAAUUUCUUAUUUGUCAUCUGAAUGGAUAAAUCAACUUAUUAACCAAAUAUUAAUUAGUUAACCUUUGAGUUGAUUGUUGGUAAUGUAGUUAACUGAUUGUUUUAAUUGCCUUGCCUAAAAGUAAGUACAGAAAGUUGAAACUAGUCAAUUAAGUUGGACUAAUUGAUGAAAUUGUCUAAUUCGUUUGAUUGAUGAAAGUUAAAUCAGUGUUUUCAAUCCAAAAACUAUUCAAUCUGUCAAAGAUUAUCCAAGAUGAUUAAUCAACUCUUAGGUUAAUUAGUUAAUUAGAUUCAUAUUAACAGAUAGGUACUAUUUUGUGCUUUUCAUAGCCAGUCAGUUGUCGGUAUGUAUGUGUUUUUGCUGUGGAGACCGCGGCAUAUUUUCUGUUAUAUCACAUUUUAAACAACCUGCUCUUUAAGUCAUCCUCGUUAGUUGAUUGGAUCUAAUAAGAUCGCAAGUCAAGGUUAGUCCGAUUGAAUCUGGUCGCGCUAGACCAAACAUUGAAAAGGGUUGGAAUACAUUAUAAUAAAUUAUUUAUUGCAAAUCUAUGAACAUGUGACAGUUCUUCUUGUUCAGAUAAAAGUAUUAAGAGGAUGCUACAAAA